CUUAGAGCGCUGAACAGUUUUGGGCCCAACGACCAUGAGAGGGCCGGAGCCAGGUCCCGAGCCGACGAUGGAGGGGGACGUGCUGGACACACUGGAGGCGUUGGGGUAUAAGGGACCACUGUUAGAAGAGCAAGCCCUUGCUAAGGCAGCAGAGGGUGGACUGACUUCACCUGAAUUUUCAGAGCUCUGUAUUUGGUUAAGCUCUCAAAUAAAAUCAUUGUGCAACUUGGAAGAAAGUAUCACUUCUGCUGGCAGAGAUGAUCUAGAGAGCUUCCAACUUGAGAUAAGUGGUUUUUUAAAAGAAAUGGCAUGUCCAUAUUCGGUACUUAUAUCAGGAGAUAUUAAAGAUCGUUUAAAAAAGAAGGAAGACUGUUUGACACUUCUAUUAUUUUUAAGUACAGAACUUCAAGCUUCCCAGAUAUUACAGAACAAGAAACGUAAAAAUUCUCAAUUAGAUAAAAAUAGUGAAAUUUAUCAGGAAGUUCAAGCUAUGUGUGAGACCCUUGGUGUACCCAAGUCAACAAUUUCUGACAUUCCAUUUAUGCUAAACCAAGUGGAAUCAAAGGUGAAAGAUAUUCUCUCAAAAGUCCAGAAAAAUCAUGUGGGAAAAUCACUGCUGAAAAUUGACUUAAAUUCGGAACAGGCGGAACAAUUGGAAAGAAUCAAUGAUGCUCUUUCCUGUGAAUAUGAGUGUCGUCGGCGAAUGUUAAUGAAACGAUUAGAUGUGACAGUACAGUCCUUUGGAUGGUCUGAUAGAGCAAAGGUAAAAACAGAUGACAUAGCAAGAAUUUACCAGCCUAAACGUUAUGCUUUGUCACCUAAGACAACUAUCACAAUGGCGCAUCUACUUGCUGCUCGUGAAGAUCUAUCCAAGAUCAUUAGGACAAGUAGCGGCACUACUCGGGAGAAAACAGCAUGUGCCAUUAAUAAGGUGCUGAUGGGAAGGGUGCCUGACAGGGGAGGACGGCCAAAUGAAAUUGAGCCACCACCCCCAGAAAUGCCCCCAUGGCAAAAAAGACAAGAAGGCGGCGGCGGAAGGGGUGGUUGGGGUGGUGGUGGAAGUAGAGGAGGUGGUGGGGGUGGAAGAGAUGGCUGGGGAGGUGGAGGAGGUUGGGGAGGUGGUGGCGGAGGGGGAGGAGGAUGGGGAGGUGGAGGUGGUGGUAGAGGAGGUUUCCAAGGCAGGGGAGAUUAUGGUGGGAGAGGGGGCUAUGGUGGGAGAGGGGGCUAUGGUGGAAGAGGCUAUGGAGAUCCAUAUGGAGGAGGAGGUGGUGGUGGUGGAUAUAGAAGAUACUAAAAACAACAGAAAUUAGAUAGCAGUGCUUACUUCUUGAUAGAUGCAUUAAACAUAGUGUUCUAAAUAACAGACUUGAAUAUCAUCUUUGAAGUAAACACCAUGUUAGACUCCCUGAUGAUACUAUUGUUGAAUUGGAUUAAGAUAUAAGGACAUUGUUUUAUAUUACCAGUUGAUCUCUCAGAUGAAGUGAUGAUUUUUCCAUAUUCUGUCUACCCUUGAGCAUGUUGUGUCUUUUUAAAAAACAAAAAAAAGAACAAAAAUUAUUUUUAAAAAUGUAAAUAUUUAUUACCAUCCAACUUAGAAAAUGGACAGUAUUUUAUUGUCAUGAUUGACUUUAGACUGUUACCUGAAUUUUGUUCAGGUUUAAGGCACAUAAAUGGCCCAAAUGUAAUGGAAAGGAAUAUAGACUCUUGCCUUA